AAAUAAAGUAAAGUGAACUCUCUUUAUAAAGUUAUAUUCCUAUAUCUUUGGAAUAAUAUCUGCUUGUAAAAUACUUCAUCCGUAAGAUUACAAUUUAGAAAGGUGAGACAGGUAUCCCUAUAUUCUUGAAUGGCCUGCUUUAACUUAACGGUUGAGAUUGAUGAGCUUUCUCCGAAAGUGACCCUUGAAGAUAUUGCAGUUUUCUUCUCUUACUGUGGGACUGUUGAUUCAAUCCAACUCCAGAGGAGCAUCGAUAAGACGGGGAUUGCCUACGUGACUUUCAGGCAGCCAUAUGCUUAUAGAACUGCACUUCUUCUGAAUGGUGCAGUGAUCAUAGACAAUCCGAUAAAGGUGUUGCCUUAUCAAGAUUCCACCAAUGUUCCAGUCGUAGACAUCAAAUAUGAAAUCCGGUACAACUUUGAUAGACUAUAGAGGAUCCCAGCAAGACAUGGCAGAGGGGCAAAUGGCCGAGAACUAACAAGCUGAGAAGAAAUUAUUGUUGAAUUUGAUUUUUCAUGUAGUUACUUCUUCGAAUAUCAAUUACUUAGUAAGAGUAUCUUGUUCUAUCCCAGUAUUUUAGAAAAAAAUAAACAAAUAUCGCUCCAACGAUAUUCUAUCUCUAUGUUCAAAGAGACUUUUGGGCAAAAUACAAUUUUUCAAAUCGUGUAUAUCCAAGUAACUGUAAGCAUUUUUAUAGAAAAUAAUUGAUACAAGCUAUUCAA